AUGGAUUAAUCAAUCAAAGAUUUCGAAUAAAAAUAUGAUUUCGUAGUUUAAUUCCCGAAAAACUACUUUGAUAAGAACAAAGUUUGGAAAAUUAGUGAAGAAGAAGAUUUUGUACUAGGUUUGCGAUAUCAUGAUUCUCUGAAUAAGAAAGAUCAUCAUCUCAAAAUCUCAAAAGACUGGAAAGAUAAAAAGAUUAUCAGAAAAUUUAGAAGUGAAGUACAUUCUAAAGAGUUCAAGCCAGGUAUGAUGGCUUUUCACACCAAGUAUCGUUACAUAUUGCUAUCAAAGGACAAUAAUAUCGAGAUUUAGGCAAAUCAAAAUUAAAUCUCUGAUUAAGACAACUUGAGUUUAUAGAAUACUUGGCAAUGCAAGGUAUACAAGUCAGAUGCAUAUUACUAAGAUGAGGAUAUUGCAGAGGACGAUAGUACAUACAAGUACAAGGAACAUGAAGUUGUAAAUAUUCUUCUUUCUGAAUUGAUUUUCUAAUUUGAGAUUGAGACUAUAUGUCUCAUAGAGCAUUAAUACUCUGCCUAAAAACAUAGAGUUAGAAUUUAAGAUUCGUUAAGUUCAAUAAUCAAGACAUUUGAAAAACUGCACGAUUGUCAAUUUUAAUCCUUUUUUAAGGGCAGACUUGUGAGUGAAUACAACUCUUUUGCUUAGGAAAAUAUUGGACCUGGAGAUUAGAUUUUACUUAAUGGAUCAAGAAAUAGUAAUGACUAAAGUUAACUAAAGUUCUUUCAAAGAUUUAAGAAUGUUGUAACAGAUUUGAUAUGGAAUUUAAGUGAAGAUGAAUGGAGUGCUAUUUAAAUUAAAUCUAAGGUUGACUUUUAUUUUUGUGGUAUAGGGAUAUUUGAAAGAUAUGAAGAACCCCCAGAAAAAUUCAAUUUGCGUUACUCUUAUCAGAUUUAUGAUAUAAAUGAUGAUUUGAUGUUUGAUUCAGAAAUAUAUGAAGAAUUGGUUAUAUACAAUAAAGAAGAUAUAAACGAACUUCAUUUUUACAAAUAUAAAUUCAAAAGAUUUCCAAAUGGUAUUUUUAUCGAAGCUGGGUAAACAUUACAAUUUAUGUAAAUUGUUGAUUUUUAAUUCUCUUAUUUUUCCUCUAGUGGAGCAGAUUAUUCAACAAUUUAAAAUCCUGAUAUGGAUAUAUUUUAAUUGACAGUGUCAAAUCUUGAUGAUGACAAUACUACUGUUGAAGAAGGAUUAAUUCCUGGAUUUCUUUAUAGAUUGGCUUGA